AUGCAGUGUGCAAUAGAUGGGCCCUCUCGGAAAUAUGCCUCCCUGAGAUCAUAUGGCUCUGUGACGACCCCGCGGGGAAAGUACUACAAAGUCCAGCAGGAGGAUGGCCGAGGUGGCAUCCUCAACGAGUGGCUUUUCGUGCGCAACACGACAGUUGUGAUGGAUGCCUCCGAUCCUUACUACAGUUCCGAUGAAGGACGUGAGUUCUAUAGCACAGAGACGAAGCAUCCCGAGCAGCAGCUGUGGCCAAAGGAGGUCCCUGGACUCCAAGCAGCCACCGCGGCUUUCUACCACGAGGUGGAGGAGCUGUCCAAGACGAUGUAUGAGCUCUUCGCAGUGGCUUUAGGCCUGGCGCCAGACUUCUUCCUGCAGCGCGCGCGGCGCGCGCCCAUCUGGCCAGUGACUAUUGCCCACUACCCGCCGCAAGAGACCGAGCCGGAAGCGGACCGCGCCAGAAUUCAACCGCAUUGGGAUCGGACUUUAUUUUCCCUGAUCACCACCAGCGACGUUGGCGACGAAGAGUCCGAAGGAGGACUGCAGAUCCUGGUGGACUCUGCCACGGGCGAGGGCGUCGAUGGCCGCGCACAAGUCGAGGGCCGCAAUGUGGAGUGGCAGCAGGUUGUUCGGCCGAAGAACGGCUUCGUGGUAAAUGUUGGAGAGAUGAUGAGCCGAUGGUCCAACGGACGCAUGAAGCACGUGGUGCACCGUGUACCGAAUCCUUCUCCUGGCCGUGAUCGCCUCGGUCGGAUUUCUCUUAUGGCUUUCGUCCUGCCGGACUAUGAUGCGGUGGUGGAGUGCAUUCACUGCCCAAAGGAUGGGUCCGAGCCGCUUUACGAGAAGACCUGGGUCGGAGAAAUGAUGAACUGGGGGUCCAAGCUGCCGAUAUACAACCAGACGAAGAUGGAGCUGAUGCGAAAAGCACAAGGUCUGUACACGAACCUGGGGGCCCAGACAAAGCUGGGUGACCCAACAGAUGUCAAGGCCCUAGAGGCAAGUAUGGCGAGGGAAGCGCACCCCGAGGAGUUUUCUCUGCUUUCAGGAGCACCUGAUGUUCCGGAGGCGAAGGCGAUUCAAAUUGUGGACGUAGCUCUUCUCGUGAACGGCAGCGCUGCCGAGCAGCUGCAAAAAGCCAAGGAGCUUUCAGCCGCCUUCGAGUCCACUGGCUUUGCUGUGAUCACAGGGCAUGGCGUGCCCGAGGAGGUCGUCAACGACAUCCGCUCAAGCGCGUACAAGUUCUUCCGCCAGCCGGUUGCUGAUAAGAGGAAGUACGACAAGGGGAAAGGCUAUGGUUUCGGCGGUUACGUGAAGCAACAGGAGAAUGGGGCUCAGCUUUUGGGCGAUUUCUCCAGGCCGAACGACGCUGUUGAAUCCCUAACUGCCGGCUUGGCGGGCCUCGCCGGUGGUGUUGAAGCGCUUCAGAUGGAAAAGGUGCGCAAGGAAGACUCGGAAGGCUCACGAGUUUGCCACGUGAAGGAUCUCAGCGGCUGCGAGAUGGAGGAGGGCACGCCGGAGGUGGUUUCCAGGCCUGCAACCGAGUUCCUCCGCGGUUGCGAGAGAGUGUCCCGGUUGGUGGCGAAAGCGCUGAAGCUGUCGCUGGGUGCCACAGAAGAGGAAGUGGACAUGGUGAUGACGCCCUCUGGUGGUGGCCUGCGCCUCGCCUACUACCCGUCCGUGCACCCGGAGGCCGCUGCAGAGGACCUGAUGGGCUAUGGCUCGCAUAUCGACUCCGGCGGCGUCACCGUCAUCGCUUUAGAUCCCGCAAACAAGCGGGGUCUUCAGGUGGACGUGAGUGAUCGCGUCGGUAGCACCGGGAAGGAAGAGGAUCGGCACUGGGUCGAUGUGCCGUUUGUUCCCAACACCUUCGUGCUCAACGUCGGUGCGCUGCUGUCGCGCUGGACGGGCGGCCGGUGGAAGGCUUCGGUGCACAGAGUUCUGGCAAAUCGAAACCCGCAUCACGAGCGCCUCUCCAUCAUCACGGGUGCUUUGUCACCCAAGAUCGACGCACCACCCUUCGCGGGCUUCGCCGCGACGAAGCCCACGCUUCCGCCCGUGCCUGCGCGAGAGUUUCUGACCACCAGGCCGAGGGCAAGAUUCUCUUGCUUAUCGCAGACUAGGGGAGCAUGUAGCAGUCCUUGA